CGUAGAGAUAGGAAUGAACAGAGGUGCGCAGUAGGUGCGCACUUCCAAGCAGAACAUAGAGAUAGGAAUUAGACACACACUAGGUGGGCACUUCCGAGAUACGUUGACGAUGCUCGGGUUCUUAGACAUUGAUUGCUUUUAUUCCAUUGCUUUUUUAUAUCAAUUAAGACAAUAAUUUAAAGAACCUCAACUUCUAGGUUUAUUUGCAUUUAAUUAUAUGGAUUAAACGGACUCUGUUCUUCCAUAAGGGGGUAUUUUUCCUUUGUCCGGAACCAUUGUUUGGGGACACUUGUUUCCACCCGACGGCUUAGCUACUUCCGGUUUGGUUUUUCAUAGCGGAGGCGGCAAUGCCGAUCCCUUUCGCUCUCCUGCUCUCCUUCAUAUCGCUAUGGCUCGCUUCUUGCUGGUGGCUGAGGCGGCGCCGCUGUUGCCAUGGUCGGACCUUUUUAAAAGACGGACCAGAGGCGGCGAUGACGUCGUCUCCGCGCGUCCUCUUCGUGACGGCGCACCCUGAUGACGAAGCCAUGUUCUUCGCCCCCGCCCUCCUCCGCUUGGCCCAAGCCCAGCUCUGGCUGUUCUGCGCAUCCUCAGGCAACUACUACAGUCAAGGCGAGGUCCGCAAGACGGAGCUUCUGGAGAGCUGCGCUGUGCUAGGGAUCCCGUCCUCCAACGUCACUAUCCUUGACCACAGAGAUCUGCCGGACCAUCCUUCCGUCGAGUGGGACGUACGUCUGCUUUCCGACCUGAUCCUCAAGCAUAUAGAAACUCACCAAAUCGACCUGGUUGUGACCUUCGACGCCAGGGGUGUCAGCUCUCAUGCCAACCACAAAUCCCUUUAUGCUGCUGUCAGGUACCUGCACUCGGAGCGGAAGCUUCCAGAAGGCUGUCGGGUCCUCACCCUUGAGACAGUCAACCUUUUCCGGAAGUACAUCUCCAUCUUGGACCUCCCCAUCAGCUGGCUCCAGAGCCCCGAUGCCCUCUUUGUGCUGGCAGAGGAGGAGGCUGGCCUUGCCAAGAGAGCCAUGCAGUGCCACCGCAGCCAACUCCUGUGGUUCCGUCACCUCUAUGUGAUCUUCUCACGCUACAUGGUGAUCAACUCGCUCAAAUUCCUGUAAUGGCAAGAGGACUAAGGGGAUGAAAGGAGAGUCCAAGCAAGGGUCCACCUCGCAAGGAGGGAGGUGUGGUGUUCCCAAAAGUUCAUGAAGCACUGAGAAACGGACCAGGCACCUGCACUGGAUUGACCGAUGCGGUCCACGAACCCUCGCCCACAGUCCCUUCCUGACCAAAAACCAGAUUCCAGGCAACAGGAAACCUUAAGCAUGUGGCAUAUUUUGUGCCAGAAGAAGGGGUCUGAAGAAGGACUGUUCCCAAAUUAUUGCAACCAAGAGCGUUUGCAGAUAUUUAUACCAAACCAAGAGUACAUGACAACUUGAAAUAAUAACAGUGAACAUUCAGUUUGGAGGGAAUCGUUACUCUGAAACGAAUUAAUCUGAAUGUAAUAUGGUGGCGGUGUGUUGUUGUUUUUCAUCCUCUGGACCAAAGCAUUAAUUAAAACCCCGAACAGGAUAAAUGGAAA